AUGACUGACCUAGCAACAACAGCAGCAACAGUUGUCGCAACUGUAGAAGCAUUAACACCUCAGGAAAACUCUACUCUUACUACUGCAGACCAAACAUCUUCCAGUAAUGAUCACAUUCCUAAAAUCUUGAAAGACGAAGCAAAACCAACUGAGGAAGUAACAACAAAACCAACCGAGGAAGAGAAAACAAAACCAACUGAAGCAGAGACAACAACAAAACCAACUGAAGCAGAGACAACAACAAAACCAACUGAAGCAGAGACAACAACAAAACCAACUGAAGCAGAGACAACAAAAAAACCAAUCGAAACAGAGACAAAAACAAAAGUAACCGUGGAAGAAACAAAAAAACCAAUCGAAACAGAGACAAAAACAAAAGUAACCGUGGAAGAAACAAAAAAAUCAAUCGAGACAGAGACAGCAACAAAAGAAAUUAAGGAACCCACUCCAGUUACCGCUGAAACCACCACUGCUGAAUCAACGAAACCUUCUGAACCAGAACCAAAACCAACAACUGACGCCACUACUACAACCACAGGUGAAGAGCAAAACCCACCAGCUAAAGAUACUGUUAACGUUAUAAAAGCUGAUGAUAAAACACUUCCCGAUACUCCAGUAGGAGAAGAAGUCAAAGCUAAAGUUGAUGGUGAUGGUGAAAGUUCUGAUAGAGGGGCUUCUAAUGGUAAGAAAAAUAAUAGAAAAAGUUUUCUUGUUAGAGUCAAAAGUUUCUUUGGUGGUAGUAAUAAAAAACCCUCAUAA